GUGACGUCGUGGGGUGGGGGAAGAGGAAAGAGGAGGGGUGAUCUAACAAACAGCUGCUGCAGCUGUAGAGAGGAAAAAGGAGAAAGACCAGGAGCAGCAGCAGCAGUGCGACCCCCGCAGCAGCUUUACCAUGAACACCUACCUCUUCAUGUAUGACUUGAUGCAAUUCUGUGGACAUUCCUGGAUAUUUACAAAUAUGAUCAUCAGGUUCAUGUCAUUUGGAAAAGAUUCACUGGCAGACACCUUUUACUCCAUAGGACUUGUGAUGCGCCUUUGCCAGUUGUUAUCUGUAUUGGAGAUCCUACACAUCCUCAUUGGCAUUGAUAAAAGCCGUCUCUUCCCCAGGGCUUUGCAGAUCACAGAGAGAAUAAUUGUUUUAUUUGUUGUGAUCAACAGUCAGGACGAAGUUCAAGGGAAGUACAUUGUGUGCGUUUUAUUUUUUCUUUGGAAUGCAUUAGAUGUGGUCAGGUACACUUACAACAUGCUAGCAAGGAUGGGAAUAUACUACCUACCACUGACAUGGCUCAACUUCUCACUGUGCAUCCUGCUCUAUCCUCUUUCAGUUCUGGCUAAAGCAUUUGCAAUUUGUGUAUCACUGCCUUAUUUUGAAUCCUUUGGCACAUACUCCAUCAAGCUACUAUUUCCAUUUGCCUUCUCAAUCUACUUUCCCUAUAUUCUGAAAGCAUAUCUGCUAGUGCUCUUUAUAGGUAAGUAUCUCAUCUUCCAGAAAGCUGUGUCUCAACAUAACUUGGAUGCCUAUGGCAGCAACAAAAAAAAAAAAAAAAAAAAAAAAUCAAAUCAGUAAAGAUUCUUUCACAAACACUAACUCUGCCACAUCUCCUGAAUACCACUACAGGAAGGCUCAUCACUAAGUGUUUUGAUUUCUGAUGUCAUAAAAAUACAAAACAAAAAUAUAAAAAUUGCCUUUUGUUAUAUCAAUUCCCAUUUGAUCAUACCUUCAAUCUGGGCAACCCCUCCUCACUCAUUCCUAUGAGAAGUGAUACCUAAAUGAAGACUUCUACAGCUUGCUUAUUGAAAGUGGUGAAAAAAGAGCCACCCUAAAACCUGCAUGUAAAUAGACCUCUCCUCAACAAACUGCUUUUGAAAAUUUUGAACUGAAUUUGGCUGCAUUACAGCCAUGUCUUCAUUCUGUCAUUGGCUUUAAGACCAAUUUGAAGGAUCUUGUCUUUGUGAAUCACUGCUCUCUGUUCCUAAAUUCAUUUAAGGAACUAUGCAAGUUGCCAGAUGAAGGCUUAUACUGUUCCUCCUGCAUUAAUUGAAGACACUUUGGACUCUACUCCCUAGUUCUUACAAUGUUUUGUGUUUUGAUUCAGGUAUGUGCUUUAUCAUCCAGAACCUCUUCUCUGAAAGGAAGGCACACCUAGGGACAGGCAACAUCAAAAAGAAAAGAAGCUAAGUUGAUCUAUUGUUUGGAAAUAAGAAGUAUAUUCCCAGUGGGCUGCUGUGUAUCACAGAUUAAGAAGAAGUUAGGCAAAGAUUUCAGAUGCAAAACUCCUGUCUGCAUGUUCAUCAACUUGUUACUGAACAAGCAUAGAAUUUUCAGAAAAGGCAUCUCGCUUUAAGGCACCUCAGAAAUGGAACAUCUCAAAAUAACGAGUUAUUUUUUACAGUUUGGUUUCAAAUGGAGGAAAUGCUUUUGAAUGGAUAUAUAAAACGAAUAUAUUUUUUCUAACGUAUCAGAGAACUCUGAAAAAGACUAAAGAGCAUCUCCACUCACAAUCACACUAACAACCCCAACGCUGGUGUUAGCUCUUGCCUCGUUAGCAACAGAUAUUCUGUAAUGACAAUACCAUUUAAUCUGUAAGAUUAUUUUAUAUUCAGUCAACAUGUAUGUGCCCUAUAAAUAUAUAUAUAAAUGCUAAAUUAGCUAGAACUGGAAUCUCUCAAGGAGCCGAAGCUGGAAACUUUGCAACCUAUGCAAUUCACAUGCUAAAUAGUCCCAGGCAUUCACAAAGUAUCCCUCACAUUCCGGCCCAACCUUCACUUCUGCAAACAAGAUUACAGAAAAUCCAGCUAAACCACAAAGGCAAGUGAUCAGGUACUCAUGUACCAUAUAUUCUAGGGGAUAUUUAAGGCUCAGAACUAAAAACCUGUAACUGUGUGUCUAGCAGACAUUAGGAAUCUCUUUCCCACACUGAUUUUCUCCCAUGCUGAACAGCAGACAGGUAUGCAAAAGAAAUGUGAUGUUAGGCCAAAUACAUGUUAUUUAAGGAGAAGUGAAUGACUACCAGAAGCCAAAUGCAAAAUUCUAAUCAUUUUACUCAAGUGCAUUGCUCCUCAUACUUCUGUAGGACUAUCUGUGAGAAUGCAACUAGAACACAGUCUCUUCAAAGGUUGAGGAGUAAGGAAUAUGGACAGCAACCAAGUGGACUGGCAAAAAUGGACGAAUAAUUGCUUUGAGGCUAGCAGUGGCUUUCCUGAUGUUUCAUCCAUAUUGAUUAUCACCUACAUUUGAAUUCAAGCAGGUGAGGGAGAAAAGUGAAUUUUUAUUUUUUUUUUCAAGCAUGACUGAAAACUGGGGGGAGAGAAAAGACUAUCGUUGGAGGGAAGGAAAUAUUUGAGGGGAAGUGAACACUACCACAAUAUGAAGAAAGUUUGCGUAUAUGUCUUUCGAAACCAUACAGCCUAAGAGGGCAUAUUAGGAAGGAGUGAAGCUGAACUAGUUUCUUACGAAAGGUCACCUAUAAUUUUUAUUUAUUUAUUUAAUAUAUGUGGCAGGCAAUGCAUUCAGACUGUUCUGACCAAUGGAGUAUUUGCAGACCUUAUGCAACAGUAGAGGGUAAACCCUAGGUUUUCAUUUUUUUUUUUCCUGGAAAGCAUUACAAACAGAUGUAGGACUUAGGAACUCAUUAGAGAAACAGAAGUACUUCCACUUUGGACUUCUGUGUGACUGAAACUGAUUUAAGUGUGGGCUAUAUGAAGAAACAUACAGAGCAGCUGCACUUCA